AUGGGGCAGAAGGUCACCGGAGGGAUCAAGACGGUGGACAUGAGGGACCCCACAUACCGGCCCUUGAAGCAGGAGCUCCAGGGUCUGGACUAUUGCAAGCCCACCCGCCUGGACCUGCUGCUGGACAUGCCCCCCGUGUCCUAUGACGUCCAGCUGCUCCACUCCUGGAACAACAAUGACCGCUCGCUCAAUGUCUUCGUGAAGGAGGACGACAAGCUCAUCUUCCACCGGCAUCCGGUGGCCCAGAGCACGGACGCCAUCAGGGGCAAAGUCGGGUACACGCGCGGGCUGCACGUGUGGCAGAUCACGUGGGCCAUGAGGCAGCGGGGCACCCAUGCCGUGGUGGGGGUGGCAACAGCAGAUGCCCCCCUGCACUCCGUGGGGUACACGACGCUCGUGGGGAAUAACCAUGAGUCCUGGGGCUGGGACUUGGGUCGCAACCGGCUCUACCACGAUGGCAAAAACCAGCCAAGCAAGACAUACCCAGCAUUUCUGGAGCCGGAUGAAACGUUCAUUGUCCCUGACUCCUUCCUGGUGGCCCUGGAUAUGGACGACGGGACCCUGAGCUUCAUUGUGGAUGGACAGUACAUGGGAGUAGCUUUUCGGGGACUCAAGGGCAAAAAACUGUAUCCUGUAGUGAGUGCCGUCUGGGGCCACUGUGAGAUCCGCAUGCGCUACUUGAAUGGACUUGACCCGGAGCCCUUACCGCUCAUGGAUCUCUGCCGUCGCUCGGUGCGCCUGGCCCUGGGGAAGGGGCGCCUGGGUGAGAUCCACGCGCUGCCACUGCCCGCCUCCCUCAAGGCCUACCUCCUCUACCAGUGA